UCACCACGCCGCGCCAACUCUCGUUUGGCAGUUGAGAUGUCAAUACAGGUCACAAAGGCUGAAGUGUGUCGUCUGCUAGUUUCUCCACAAACUCAAACCUGACUAGAUGAUCGACUAAGGGAACACCACCUCAUCAAACAGAGGAGUCAAAGAGAAGACCACUGUAAUUAGCAGACAUGGGGGCUAUGAUAUCACGAUGGAGGACAAAGCCAACGACAGUAGAGCAGCUGGAGAACCUGGACAAGGAGAUUAAAGAGCUGGAAGAGUUUAGAACUAAAAACCAGCGUCUGCAGAAGCUAUGGGUGGGCAGAUUGCUCUUUUACUCAUCAAUCCUUUAUCUGCUGACGUCUCUGAUCGUCUACUGUCUCUACCUGCCUGAACAAUGGUUGCAGAGGUUUAUCAUGGCCCUGCCUUUCUUUCUAUAUCCUAUACUGGUGUGGUUCAUCAGGAAGCUGUUGAUUUACCUUUUUUCCAAACGCACUGAAAGAAACAGUGAUAAACUGGAGGAUUUAAAGGCUUCAAAAAGAAAGAUUCUUGAAGAAGUGAUGGAAACAGAGACAUACAAAAAUGCCAAACUCAUCCUAGAGCGCUUUGAUCCUGAAUCUAAGAAAAAAACUGAGCUUGAGUCGACUCCGGUGCGUCCUCUGACUCCUCGACCAGGACAAGAUAUUCGGCAGAGGGGGGUGCCAUUGAGGCCCAUGCCAAUGGGAACCCCAGUUCCCAUGCCGAUGACUCCCCCACCUGGAGCUCGACCUCCACCAGGUUCAGGGGCCACACCUAUGGAACGUGUCCCUCUCUCAGCUCCAGGAGGACCUCCAGAGAGAUCUGCGCUGUCCGCCUCGGUUCACAGGACUCCCACCUCCCCUAUACCAGGAGUUGGCAUGCACCCUCCAGGUCCUCCAUUAGCAAGACCCAUUCUCCCCAAAGACAGAGGAGCUAUGGACCGAGUCAUUGAGUACCUGGUAGGGGAUGGACCACAGAACAGAUAUGCACUGAUCUGCCAACAGUGUUUUUCUCAUAAUGGCAUGGCUCUGAAAGAAGAGUUUGAAUAUCUAGCGUUUCGUUGUGCAUAUUGCUACUUCAUGAAUCCGGCCAGGAAGACCCGCCCUCAGGCUCCCACUCCAGAGUUCAGCUAUGAGAGAAGACUGCGAACAGAGUCUCCUUCACCUGGACCUUCACGGCAAUCUGGGACUGACACUGAGGAGAGUGCUCCCCCUUCUGGAGCCAAGGCUCCGGCUCCAUGGAAUGUGGUGCACAGUUUCCAGAUCCAGCAGAGACCAAAGAACCCUCUGAGCCAACCUCUGCAGAGUCCAGAUGAGAAAGAUAUGGAAGAAGAGGGACCUGCUAAAGAAGCUGAGGCCGAAAGCCAAUCAGAGGAGCUGCUGCAGCAGCAGCAGGAGGAGGAGCAAGAAGAAGAAGACAAGGUAGUUCAGGAAGCAGAAGAGGUGGAACAGGAGCAAAGUCCGAGCGACCCCGCUGGAACAGAGCCACCGACGCUGUAGGUCAGAAGAGGAAAAGGCACAUUGGAUCUUUCUGUCCAAACUCAAUGGUGUUGGUAAAGGCCAUGAUACACAGGAAACAUUUUAAACAAUUUACACAACCACAAAACUUCACAGUAUACGCUGAUACAGUAUGUGCAUCAAAGUAAUUAGUCAUUUCUAAGUUUGUCCAUUCAUUGAGACUAAAAUGCUGCCGUCGUACCGUGGCCAUAACAGUUUGAUUUGCUGAUUGAGAAGCUUGCAGAUUGAUGAUUGUACUCGUAGUUCUAAGGUGUUCUUCGAUAGAGUAGUCAGCUGUUGGUUUGGCUUAAAGGGUUGAAACUGACAAACGCAAAAAGUUGAAUAUUAUAUCAUUUACAGAAAUGGUAGAAGGUUUGAGGUGUUUAAGUAGUUACUGUAGAUGCUCUGAUUUGUUUAAUGAAAGUGUCAUGAUUUUAAAUCCAGCUGCUGUUUCACCACUGGUUUGUCGUCUGAUAGAGAUGCACCUUUUGUGAAGGGAAUUCUGGGCUGAUAACAAUGUUUAAAAUAACUACUUGGCUGAUACUGAUGUUAUUUUCUGUUUAUUUUGUUUUUGCUGUUAUUUAUUCUCCUUUUUGUUUCAACUAAAGUGUUGUAAAGACUUUUAGGCACAAGUUCUCAUCAUACAAAUCUCAUCAAAUUCAUUUAUGCAGAUUUAUCAAACAACCUUUAAGAUGACACAACAGACAAACAUCGACCACUGCCAGCAAUGAAAUAGCAUCUUAUUUGCCAACAGCUGAUGUCAGUCAUUAAGGUGAAUAAUGGAACCAUACAGAUGUUCAGCCAAAUGAUAAAUGGAUGUGCAUCCCUAAUUGUAAAUUUGCUUGAGCCUUGAUUUGAUUCAGUGUUAUUAUUACACAAUAUUUACUCGACGAAAGCUCAAAAUAUUUCACUUUGUUAGGACGUGAUCAAAUGUGUUUUCAGUGUAGACACAACUAUGCCGUCUGGUUUAGAGCUACAGUGAAAAACCCUUACCUACUUAAUCCCUCAUGCAUGUUCUUAAACUGACAAUGAGAACGUGGAUCUAAUACCUCAGUUCCACCUGCAUCCUCACCUGACAAGACUGUAAAUGGGAUGUGAGCUGUUACCCAAAGCACUGUGUUAAAACAGAGAUGAGUUACUGCUUUUAAAGAACAAACCAGAAGAACAAAGCAACUCCGCUAUGAAAUGGAAGACAGUCUCCUACAAAGGAGAGCCAAGAUAAAACUAACCUUAAAAGCACUGUUUGAAGUCCUUUCACCAUCUGAUUUUAAAUAUCCAUGUCCGCUUUCUGUUUCGCCGGGAAGGGAAGUGUCCUACAGCGUUCAGAGGCAGAAAUCAGCAGUGACUUCCCUUCAUCUGAGCAGACGCUGAUGUUCAGCAGUCGAAUAUAUUCUCAGUCUCUUCAAAACAAUGUAGCUCUGUGUGAGGUCUGUGAGAUUAGCCACUGUUUUGCCUAAGAAAUCUAGCUGGAGUCUGGGAAAAGUGAAAGUUAAUAGUAAAUUUGUUCUUUUUUUCUGUAACUUUUU